AUGACUAGUAGUAGCAAUGUAAAACAAUUACAUCAUAGUGCAUCUUACACUUAUAGUGAAUCGACUACUACCAAAUUAAAGAUUGAACAUACAUUGUCACGAGACCGACCUCUAUCGCAUUCACUCAAUACAAUUGCUGAUUCAAUACGAUCAUUCACCGAGACUGAUCCAGAUAAUAUAAUUCUAGAUCAAUUAAACAAACAACCAGUGACUACUACAAAUAAUAAUAAUAAUGAAAAUGGACAAUCGCAACAAGUAAUUAGAAUACCAAUGUGUACUUGCAAACAAUCCAAAUCAUAUCCCUAUUGCGAUUCAACUCAUGUCAAAUUUAAUAAUGAAACAAAUAGUAGUUUGGCUCCAAUCUAUUUAACUUUUGAAAAUAAUAAUAAUAAUAAUAAUGAAACAUAUAUAAAACAACAACAAACAAAUAAUAAUAAUAAUAAUAAUAAUGUAAAGGAACAACAACAAGAACAACAACAAAUUAAUACUAAUAAUGAUAAUAAUAAUAAUAAUAUAAAUAAUAAUAAUCAAAAUUUAAGAUAUAUAUUACCAAGUAAUAUAAAAGAAUUGAUAAAUCAAAAGAAUUAUUUUAGUUUGGAAGAGAUAUCAAGACACAAUACAAGAGAAUCAUGUUGGAUGAUUAUACAAAACAAAGUUUACGAUAUUACAGAAUACAUAGACAGACAUCCUGGAGGUAAAAAUGCACUGCUUAGAUUUGCAGGUAAAGAUGGAAGUGAAAAUGUACAAUUCCAUUCAAACAAGAUGCUUCAAAUCUUUAUCACAAAUAGAUUUGAUUAUCCUCUUUUAUUAAUCAUUGCACAAAGAUUCUAA